UUUAAUCCCCCCCCAACCCUUCCCCUCCCUCUUAAUUCGGCUCAGAGAGAGGGGGAGCGAGCGAGCGAGCGAGAGAGAGAGAGAGAGAUCCAUUUUUUGGGGUUCUUGCUUCUUUGGCUCCCCUUCUCUCCAGCGUCAUCUGAGAGGGAUUCAAGAAUUUUGAGAGAACCGAGGAGUUUUACCGAAGAUAUUAGCAAUGGAUAGAGUUGGUGGGAAUCAUAGAGGAAUGGUGGAAUCAACCAGUGCCCGAGAUUGUAAAGGUGUUCCAAUGGAGGGCGUGAAAUUUGGCGCAGACAUGGGGAAUAACAAUAGAAGAGCACUGAAAGACAUCAGAAACAUUGUGGGCGUUCCUCCCUAUCCGUGUGCAGUGAUCAAGAAGGGAUUGCAGGAUAAGAGUGCCGGGAAUGAUAAGAACCCCCCAAGUUUUGUUGGCCGGCGACCAAUGACAAGGAGAUUCGCAGCUUCCUUAACCAACCAAUCACAACCUUGUCACCAGAUUUCUAGUGCAAGAAGACUUCAGCCAAUUGGGAGUGAGAGACAGAAGAAACCCUUGCCGUCUGCUCUAAGUUCUAGGGCCUUGGAUGCUUCCACUGCCAUAGAUGUUGAUGAUUUCAAAUCAGCUAAUGACUUGCCUUUACCUAUGGUGGAGGAGAUGGAAGAAUUGGAUAACUGUGAGCUCAAGGAGGUUGAAAUGGAGGAUCUACAGGAGGAGCCUAUUCCAGACAUCGACAGCUGUGAUUCGAAAAAUCCAUUGGCAGUUGUCGAGUAUGUGGAGGACAUCUACAGCUUCUUUAGGCAGACUGAGGACUUAGGCCGUGCCUGCCCUAACUACAUUGCAAACCAGUUUGACAUUAAUGAGAAGAUGCGUGCUAUUCUGAUUGACUGGCUAAUAGAGGUGCACUACAAAUUUGAACUUAUGGACGAGACUUUAUUUCUAACUGUGAACAUCAUCGACAGAUUUUUAGCACGUCAAACAGUUGUGAGGAAGAAGCUCCAGUUGGUAGGAGUGACAGCCAUGCUCCUUGCAUGCAAAUAUGAGGAAGUUUCUGUUCCUGUUGUGGAGGACCUAAUCCUAAUAUCAGACCGUGCUUACACAAGGGAAGAAGUUCUUGAAAUGGAGAGGUUGAUAGUCAAGACGUUGCGGUUCAACAUGUCUGUGCCAACCCCUUAUGUUUUCAUGAGGAGGUUCCUCAAAGCAGCUGAUUCUGACAAGAAGCAAGAACUUCUAUCUUUUUACAUUGUUGAGCUCUGUCUUGUCGAGUAUCAAAUGCUGAAGUUCUGCCCUUCAUUGUUAGCCGCUGCUGCUGUCUACACUGCUCAGUCUGCUCUUAAAGGGUUCAAGCACUGGAGUAGAGCUAGUGAGCUACAUACAAAUUACUCAGAGGACCAGCUUUUAGAGUGCUCCAGAAUGAUGGUAGAAUUCCAUCAGAAGGCAGGACAUGGGAAGCUCACUGCGGUAUACCGGAAAUAUAGCACGUUUAAGUUUGGGUGUGCAGCAAAAUCUGAACCAGCCUUUUUUCUGAUGGAUACAUGACCCUAGAGAUACUGAUUAAGAACUCAAUGCAGAUUUUUAACAGAUAUCAUUGAGGAGGCUAAUGAUGUUUAACAGUAUAGUCCAACUUUGUGAAGUGAUGUGCAACAGACAACUGCUUGAGUGUGUGCAACAUAAGUUGCUAAAUUAUGCAACAGAUGCUGCGAUAGCUGGACUGCAUGUUGCAUAUGAUAUUUUAUCAUGACACUGAUUCAAUCUAUCAGAUCCGAGUGUUAAAAUUAAUGUAGAUAUAAUUUGUUGUGUAUUUCACCAUUUCCAGGUGGCAAAUAAAAGAACUUACUUUUCUGGUUCAGUGUCUAAAA